AUGAUCCUUAAAUUAGUCAUCCACCAAUCAGAUCUUCCAUUUGUAUUUAACGCAAAAUUAAAGAAAGUAAACAUUGACAAUCGCCAUUUUCUUUUCCCUACCAUUCGACCAACUGGAGCCCAGCGUGAUUUUCUUCUCUCUUUUCUUUUUUCCUUCCUUCCUUCCUCCAAUUUUUUCUUCUUUCUUUCCUUCUUUCCUUCCUUUCUAUUUCAUUCUCAUUCCUUUUUCUCUCAACCACAUUCUUCAUUUUCUUAUUCUUUCUUUUACUCAUUCAACGAUUUUUACUUCUCUUUCAUCUUUUUAAAUUUCUUCUCCUUCCUUCACACUUAUACUUCUUUCUUCUUUCCUGCAUUCUUUUUCUGUUCUCUUUUAUCCUCUUCUUUCUUUCUUUCUUUCUUUCUUUCUUUCUUUCUUUCUCCCUUCGUUUUAACUUUGCUUUCUUUUUUUCUUUAUCUCCUCUUCUUUUUUCCUCCACGCGUUCUUUUCCUUCCUUCUGUCUCACACUCUCUCUCUCUCCCUCCUCUCUCUCUCUCUCUCUCUUUGUUCAUCUAUCUUUUCUUUCUUUCCUCCCAAUCUAUCCUUUCGCCCUUCCUUUGUUUUUCUCUUCUCAUUCUCCCCCACACCGCCCACUUUAUUCUUUUUCCCAAUUUCUGCUCUCGUGAUUUUUUUCUUCGUUUCGUAUUUUCUUUCUUUUUAUCUUCACUCCCCAUUUUUGCCUUUCUUCUCACCCACUCUCUUUAUUUCUUUCUCCCUCUAUUUCCUUUCAAUUCUUCUUUAUAA